AUGAGCGACUCUGACAGCGAUUUCGGCGACUUUGCCGCCUCUGCGGCACCCGCCGUCUCUGCUGCCUCAGCUGAAUCUGCGCCCAAAUUCGACCUAGACUCGUGUCUCGACACCGUGUUUGGCAAAGAGAGCGAUGUUGCCGAUCCCACCGCUGCGCAGGACGCAUGCGAGACACCAGGCCUCUCGGCGCUUCUACAGGGCCGUCGCCGUGUCAUCUACGAGCAGCUGGUGCUGCUCGACGUCGCAUUGCACCCGGUGUCGUGGCGCAGCUCCAAGCUGCGUUCCACGCUGCUGCACACGCUCCAGAUCGAAGAACCCGUGCCGGCGCCCGCGGUGCGUCGCACCGCGCUCAACUCGACGCUGUUUGACCAGAUAAUCGCCAUGCUCGAUUCAACCGGGUCGACGCCCGACAGAGCCACGCCGGACCGCGAUUUUGUAUCAAAUCUGCUGCGAUUUGGCUCUGAAGACUCUCAGUCCGACUCAACCGCUCUAGAAGACCUUCUCCGCAGCAUACCGGACCAAUUGCCCUCCGACCAACUCCUGAAGCUUCACGACCAACUCGUGUUUGCCAUCCUGCACUGCGUAAAUGACAUCCGCACCGACCUCGCACAACAACGAGAACUCGAAAACGAUAUCCGCACUUACGAAGCGGUUGUGACAAACCUCAUGGGCCAUACGCAGCGCGUGCGUCGGCACGAGAUCGCGCGCUACAACGCAAAGCACAAGCGCACAUCUCGCUACGGUUUCAACUUCAAGUGGGUGCGUUAA